AUGAAUAUUUUGUCUUGGAAUGUUAGAGGUCUAGGUGACCUCAAUCACAAGAAAGAUGUUCGGUUUCUGGUGUCUCGUUUCAAGCCUACUGUUUUGAUUUUACAGAAAACUAAACUUCUUAGUCCCACCAUCUUUGGUGUUAGGGAAGUUUGGGGUCUUGGAUUUGUGGAUUUUCUGGGUGUUGAUUAUGUGGGUGCUUUUGUGGGGCAAUGGAUUUUGUGGGAUCCCACUGUUUUGCAGUCUUUUUGCUCUGCUAAAAAGGAUAAUUUUCUGAUGGCUGGUUUUGUGGGGCCGGGUAUUGAUUUUCAUUGGGGCUUAUUAAAUGUUUAUGGUCCUCAUGCUUUGCCUCAAAAAGAACUUUUUAUUAAUGAUAUAUCUACUUUCAUUAGGAGUUUUUCUUUUCCUAUUUGUUUGGGUGGGGAUUUUAAUUUCAUUAGAUGGCUUGAUGAAAGUAGCUAUGGUGGACCGAUUACGUCUUCCAUGCGCAUGUUUAAUAGAUUUAUUGAGUCUCAUGCUCUGCUAGAUCUGCCCAUUUCUGGCAUAUCUUUCACUUGGACUAAUGGCAGUGCCUCAAACUUAUCAAUGUCCAAAUUAGAUAGAUUUUUGGUGUUUGCAGAGUGGUCAGAGUUCUUUCCCCUUGCAGCGGAGCUUCGCAGGAUCGAUGAGAUGUAUUGGAAGCAGAGCUCCAGGAUCAAAUGGUUGAAGGAAAGUGAUUUAAAUACUAAAUUCUUCCAUGCCAUUGCAAAUGCUAGGAGAUGUCAGAAUGAUGUCUCUAGGCUUUUGAUUAAUUGA